UGUCUGCUCUGUCUUCAGCCAGUCAGUGACGACGGCGGCGCCGCCGCGGCCCAGCUUGUGGUCGCCGUGUGGUCCGGCCGCCCCGGCUCCCAGCGCCCGCUAUUUGCCCGUCCGCCCGCCCGCCCGUGCCCUGACCUCCGGUGGACGCAGGUGAGGCGAGGGAGCGCGGAGGGGCGGAGGGGAGGGCUCGGCGGCUGAUUUAUACUCGGCUCACUCUCCGCCGAGUGCGAGUUUCCUUUAGGUCCAUUAAUAAUGUUAACGUACACCUUCCAAUGAAGCAAAACAUCCCAAGGUACUUCCCAAGUGAAUCAAGGAACACAGGCAACCAAUAGCUUGGUCAAAGAGGUGAACAUGUUGGCAAAAGGGAUAAAGCGAAAAUUUUCUGAAGAACAAGUUCUGGAUGCCUGCCUUGAUCCCGUUGUUGGCAAUGUCAGUUUGCCAUAUAACUUGCAACGCCAGUCACUUCUAAAUAUCUCAUUGUUCAAACUGCAGCUGUGUAAAAUGCUGGUGGAACCAAAUCUUUGUCGGUCAGUGCUUAUAGCCAACACGGUGCGACAGAUCCAGGAGGAAAUGAUCCAAGAUUGCAGCUGGCAGGAACAAACGGCUUUCACGGGAAGCGAUCUAUACGUAGGUCACACUUCCUCAGAUAGUCUGAUUGCCACAGAUUUCUUAUGUACUCCAACAAAAGAGCUACAUGUGGAAAGUUCCACUGCCUCCGCAAGUAAUUCCAGCAAUGUUACUAAAAGCAAGGUAAACUGCUCAUCUUGUGAGAAUAUUACUUGUUCUGCAGCUGCUGCUUCUGUUAAAGACACCAGUACUGUAAAAGAUCUGAUUGAAGUGCAUUUUGAAAAUGAUCUGAAUAUGUUGGAAUCUGAGGAGCAGCAAGUGGAUCUGAAGGAGUGUCCAAAGCCCUUGGAUCAAGUAUUCGGGAGUUUUGAGAUUGCAAAUUACUCCAGCUCUCUCACAGACAUGACAAUAGAUGAUUUAUUUGCGGAUAUUGAUACUUCUUGGCAUGAGCUAGACUCAGUUGUGUCUGGAUUGAUGACCAGUCCAAAAACGACACCAGUCAUAUUUGAGUUAUUAAAUGGCUUACCAUCACACGCGUCAACACCCAUAAAUUCUGCCCAAAACUGUAAAACAGAUCUAACCGAGCUCGAUCACAUUAUGGAGAUUAUUGUGGGCUCCUGAGUUUAAGAAUUUUCUUCCUUUUUUAAGAUACUUGCAAAUCACCUGAUUGUAUCUCUUGUACAGUUUUCUGACCAAUUUUCAGAAUCUUGUCACCAGCAGUGCUCAGAUAAUGCCUUUUGCUUGCAUUGCGUUUGUUCUUCUACUUGUCAGAAUUGUUCAAACUAAAAAUGGUACAUAUUUUCAUACUCCAUUAAAUAUAUAUUUUAAUACAAAUCUAGAUUUUUUACAGUUUCAAGACUUCCCUGUGUAAUUUUUACUUCUCGGUUUUCUAAGUAACGUUUGUUUUGUAUCUGAGCAAUGAGUGAGAGAAGUUUUAUGAAUGUCUUCCUUAGCUGUGCCAAGUAAAAGUUGCAUCUUGUGACAAAGGUACACGUUCAAUUUAAAAAUUACCACACAAAUGGAACCCUUUCAAUUCAACAUUGUAAUUCAGAAAAAA